GGGAUUUAAUACACGAAAGGUCUUUGCGGCGUUUACGAUGGGCGUUCAAAUUAAAGUUGAAUAUUGCGGCGGAUGAGGCUACGAGCCCCGCUAUCAGGAGCUUAAGCGGGUAGUCACCGCUGAGUUUCCUGAGGCGGAGGUGUCUGGCUUUGUCGGCAGGCAAGGGAGCUUUGAGAUUGAGAUUAAUGGUCAGUUGGUCUUUUCAAAGAUGGAAACAAGUGGUUUUCCCUAUGAGGAUGACAUUAUGGAUGCCAUCCAGAAGGCGCACGAUGGCAAACCGGUAGAGAAGAUCACCAAGAGCCGUCCGCCUUGUGUCAUCCUAUAACCCUUUACCCUUUGACCCCUCUUCCCUGUUACCAUGACAACAUAAGCCAGCACAACCACCACAGCCACAUUUACUGUAAAAACCCAUAAGAUGAUAAAAAGUCAUAAAAGCCUCUUUUUUUUUUUUUUUGGAGUUUUCAUGUACCCAGCCCAUAUGUCUGAGAGUCCAGAUUCAUCUCUCCCCCUCUCUUUCUGUCUCUCUCCGUUCUUAUCAGUUUAGUCCAUUCCCGUAUUCAAACAAUAGAUUCACCAAUUUUUCAUCUUUUCACUGUGACGUUCUCACUUUUAAGUGACUCGUGAGGUCUGGUUUGCGUAUGUGCCACCGACUUUGGGAACGCAGCCGUGACCGGCGUCUUCACACGCAGCCGGAAUCUGAAGGAGCGUGUCGGGUUUGUUCUAGUCUCAGGUCUGUCUUCAGAUUUCUGUACUCCCUCUGUUUCUAGCUGUAUCAAAACAAACGAAGACCGCAGUGAAAACUAGAAACGUUGGUGAAUUCUUACCCGUUAGCUAUCUUGGAGAAGUCUAGGUAACGUUGCUGUGACGGUUGGCUGUCUUUGGACGGUUGGCUGUCUUUGGACGGUUGGCUGUCUUUGGACGGUUGGCUGUCUUUGGACGGUUGGCUGUCUUUGUCUGAAACCUUUUUAUACAGCUCCUCCCUUGUGUCUCUUCGCCUCUCUGUUCCUGUCGGGCUGGGUCUUUUUUUUUCUGGACUUUUAUGAUUACUGUAGCUUAAAGGUGAAAAGGUUACAGUAUGAUGCCUGCAGUCCAGACAGCCCUGAAUCAGAAACAGAGAGAUGAGGGAGACGCUGAGGGUGUAGACAGAACAGUGGAAGGGGGUGGGGUCCUUUUUUUGUUUUUUUUCCCAAGAGCCACUUUGCCUGGCGGGAUGGUAUGGACACCUCUUGCCUGAUAUUUGUUUGUUUGUUUGUUUGUUUGUUUGUUUACUGAAACUAAAUUAAUACACGAUCAACCUCGGUGUAUGGAAAAUGAAUUUUGAUGUGGUGUAACUUUGCUUGUAGGGUGUAGGAACUCAUAAAUGAUCAAAAGACUUUUUUUUUUGUAACAGUCAGGUGAAAUACUAAAGAAGGGACAAAGACAUGUUCAGAAAUCACGCACAUAUCCGCCUUGCUAUGUAACCGCAAUACCGAGCUGCUGUUUUGAAAUUAAAUUACGAUGUCAUACACAGACUUUAA